AUGGCCACCGUUUCAAUCAGCGCCCCGGGCCUCUCCAAUGGGCUGCUAUACAACAAUGGGAAUAAUAAUGCUAGAGUCUGUGUCACCGCAGAGACAGGUGAAUUCGACAUCGAAACGAUCAAGAACUGGCAAGAAGAGGGCUUCGACGUGGUCUACCUUCCUCUAGAUGGAGGUGGCAAGGACUAUGAAAGUCGUCUGCGAUCAGUGAAGGAGGGCCUGGGGGUCGGUGAAAAUUAUGCCGUAGUCGCUUUUGGCGAUGCGGCCAACUACUGCUUGGACUAUUAUUUGAAACCGAUGAAUGCAAGCAGACUUUGUGCACUCGUGGCGUACUAUCCAAGCAACAUACCUGACACGAGAUCUCGAUUCCCCUUGUCUCUCCCAGUUCUGGUUCAUCUUGCCGGCUCCACAAUCGAGGUGUCCACAAUCCCGGUCGCUCUUGGCCUACAGGGAAAGAAGAAACGCAAAACCCGCCCGUUAAACCCAGGGAUUGGUACUGGAGAGCGGCUCCAGUUAGCAUAUCCUGCUUUUACCUAUGAUGAUGCCCAGCCGGGAUUUGCAGAACAUGAUAUGGAAGAAUAUGACCACCUAGCAGCUGAUCUCGCGUGGACUCGGACGGUGGGAGUUUUGAGAAAGGGUUUCUCAAGGCAUGUGGACUUGGAGAAGACUUGGGAAGAGCACCAGGAGGGGAAAUUCUUUUCGUCUAGCAUCUCAAAAACUAUGGACGGAUACGUCCAGCAAAAGAAGCCAUCCGUCACUUACGGCCCAACCCUGAGCGGUGGAAUCGGUGUCCAGUCACUCCGUCGAUUUUACGAGAACCAUUUUCUAGGGCGGCUGCCACCAUCUAUGCGCAUUCGACUCCUCUCAAGAACGGCCGGUGCUGACCGGAUUGUGGAUGAACUCUAUAUCUCAUUUGAACACACGCAGGAAGUUCCAUGGAUGCUUCCCGGAGUGCCGCCGACCGGCAAACGCGUGGAAAUAAUUAUGGUCAGUAUUGUGAGCUUGCGUGGUGGUCGUUUGUAUUCAGAACAUACCUACUGGGACCAAGCAAGCGUCUUGGUUCAGGUUGGCCUCUUGGAUCCAAAGCUAGUGCCAAGCGCAGCUCAAGGUGUCGAUAGAUUACCAAUUGUCGGACGAGAGGCAGCUCGCCGCAUUCUACACGAAGAUAAUGAGGUUGAUCAAGAGGAUUAUCAUAAUCGCCUCAUUCGGCGUGCCCAUGCACGUGCUCGGAAGGGUCAGAGCUCCCGUUCUUCACAGAUUGCGGAGGAGUCUGGAACAGAGAUGAAGAGUGAAGCUGGGGAUCAUCUACCAUUCCGGCAACAAAAGGGAAAAUCUGUCGAGGAAGCGAGGCCUGCAGGUUCUCAAAGAAGUGGAACUGAAAAUCAGGCAGCAGAGGAAGACGAUGGCGCGGUGACAGAAACCGAGUCUACGACAAAGUCGAAGCCCGAUGACACCAACCGAUCUGCCUAUGUUGAGGAUGCAGGGGACGAGAAUGGGAAUUCCUAA